AUGUCGGAAGUGUGGGAGUUCAAGAACGGGGUGACGCGGAAGGUGGAGAACCCCGGUGGUAGUCGGCCCCAGAAAGUGCUGGUUUACCUGCCAACUAUGGAGGUGAUAACCUCCCACCAGAUGCUACAGAAUAGGCUAAGGGAGGAGGGGGACUUCUCCAGAUUGUCCACCGUCCACAUGCACGACAUUGUAGUCAAGUGCAGGAACGUCUUCGCGGUGCGCAAGGUUCUCUUUGAUCUUAAUCACUAG